ACACAGUAUCAAUUGCGUUGUAGCACGAAUGGGCAGCACCUCGACAUAAUAUAGACAGAUGGAGUUGUCUGAUAAUAACUCCAUGCAUGUACCGUUUCACCUAUCAUCAUGAUCAUGGCGGGUACCAAAUAUCUUAGAUUGAAACUGUUAUUCAUAUCAGGCGUCUCCUUGGCUGUUGGGAGUGUGUGUUGGCAGUUUACCGUUAAUGGAGAGGGACAGAUCUGGCAAAAACUUAUCACAGGGCUAUUUGGGGCAAUAUGUGUAUUGCUUGCAGUCAUAUCACUAUGGAUGUCCGCAAUGCGUAUAUCGUAUGGGCAUUGCCUGAAAUCAGCGUACACCCAGGUCCUCUUUAUAACACCUUUGAUGUUGCUCAACUGCUACAGUAAAUAUCGACCAUGUGAAAAGGCUUGGAAGAGCCCUAGAAAAUCCCAGGAAGGAUAUCUGAAAAGGAUCCUUAUGGGAAACAUCAACACUGAAUACGUGAAAAGGUUUGGACUUGAUUCCGUGACGUCUUUGGCGGAGCUGAGAGAAAAACACCCUUUGUCUAUGUAUGAACGGUACAGACCAUUUGUGGACCGCGCUGCUAAAGGUGAGAAGGGUAUCAUGAUCGGAGGAAACAUUGUAAGAUUUGCGCUCACCUCAGGAACUACUGGAAAAGCGAAGAUGGUGCCAUAUUCCAAAUCUUAUCGGAGAAUAAUAUCUGCACUAUUGGGUUUGAACCUACAUGCUCGUAUAAAUUCCUUCGGUUUCGGAAGUCCCCUUCAGCGAGAGAUGUUCUUCUAUACAGCACCAAAGCCAAGGUACACAGAGGCUGGCAUUCGUAUUGGUCCUGCGUCUAUGAUACCCCCUUCCAUGAAACCUGCGCUUGUUAUCUACUCCACACCUGGAGAAGGCUUCCAGGUUGAAGAUCCCGACGACGCCCUCUACGUCCAUCUCAUAUUUGGUCUCCGUGACCCAAACUUGCACGCCAUGAGCUGUAGCUUUACGUCUACAGUGAUGUCAGCCAUGAAAAUGUUGGAGCAACGUUGGCAGGAUAUGGUCUGUGAUAUCAUGAACGGGACUGUAACCACGACCAGAGUUCCUACAGAGAUUCAUGAAGUACUUGUCCGGGAGAUGGGGGAUGGAGAUCCGGUCCGUGCAGCUGAGCUCAAGAGAGAAUUCGAGAAAGGGUUUGAAGGCAUUAUAAAAAGACUUUGGCCCUGCUUAAAAUUCAUACAAUGCAGUGAUACAGUGGGUAUUAAGCAAAGGCUAUUGGAAACCUAUGCAAAAGGUGUGUUGAUAUUUAGUCGAACCCUUGGUUCCACUGAAGCAGGCAUGCUCGCCAUUAAUCUAUGGCCAUUACAAGAAAAGGAUGAGUUUGUUCUCUUGCCAGAUAUGUGCGUCUUUGAGUUUAUUCCAGAGGAUAAGAUGCAUGAUGAUGAGCCGAAGACACUCUUCAUUGAUGAACUUGAAGUCGGAGCAUCGUACGAGAUUGCCAUCACACAACUCUUUGGUCUCUAUCGGUUUCGGUACGGUGACGUCGUGAAAGUGACGCGUUAUCACUUCAACACACCCGUCGUACAAUUCAUGUACAGAUCAGGACAGAUCCUCAACGUCAAAUAUGAGAAGCUUGACCAAGCCAUUGUGAAGAAUGCUAUACAAGCUGCAGUGAACCAUUGGCCCGACGUCACCCUUGACGAUUACGCUGUGGCGGAAAGCUUUCUCUUAGAUGAUCACGAGAAAGGAGCUAAGCAUCUCCCCUUCUACAUUGUCUUUCUGGAGCUCUCUCCUACACCUGGUGACAGUACCUUUGAAAAUAUCAAACUGAACAAGGUCGAUGAGGAACUUCGUCUGCAUUCUUCUACCUACAACAUGUUCCGAGAAGAGGGCAGCAUAGCACCCCCUCUGGUUCAUAUCGUGAAACCCGGCACAUUUGAUCGUCUGUAUCAUUUUAUCCUGGACAACAGCACAACCACAGCUAACCAGUACAAGGUGCCUAGAAAACUACGUACGAAAGAAACUCUGAAACUGAUGCAAGACAACUCCGUGCACAACAAUCAAGUUUGAAUUGGGACUGAUAUUUUAUGGUAUCACCAUCAAGUGCAUUUUGUUUGCAACCUAAUGUUGAUAUAUCCCGGUAUACUUUUACUUUUAGGACAUCCUAUGGUUAAUUAUACACCGUGGUAUGUAUAUGAAAAAUAAAAGUCAAUGAAUUCAUUAAACGGGAAUUUCAUUCUGACGGUAAAUGUGUUUUGAUGAAAGACAUAUAACAUAGAAAAAAAGGCUGAAGGUUUGAAGAAAAUCCGUCAAAAAUAAUCGUAUGGCUUUCGAGAAUUCUUAAAGUAACGUCAUAUGCGAGUGGCAGCCCAAUAUGCCAUGUAAUAUACUGAAACUAUUUUCUCAUUCAAGAUAUGAGAUGAAGUUCCAAGUGACAAUUAUACGCGUAUCAUUCAAAAUAUUCUGGAAAAUUCAUUUUAUAAAAUUUAUAUAACAAAAAUUAACCAUGGGGAAGUUGUUAGUAUGUGACGUCACAAAAACAAAAUUUUAAAAAUCCAUAACUCUGUUCACCCUUGAUGGAUUUUUAAAAAGUUUUUCACUGAUAUGUUUAUUUUGUUUUUAACUCUAAUUAAAACCAUCUUCCCGUCCGGAUGAGCAUCCUUUUUUAAUUAAUCAAUUAGAUUUACCAUCCAAUUUUUUUUCAGCGCCCCUGUCCCUUUCUCAUUGAUGUAUUUGAUAUCAAGGGAUGAAGAAAGUAGCUUUAUUUUUAUAUCAUAUAUGUAUUUAUGAAUAUAUAUAUAUAUAUGGAAUAUAAACAGGGUGUAUUUUCAAUUUUGCGUGACAUUUACUUUAUUUCACUUAUCUUUUCACUAUUUUCAUUUUCAAAUAUUACAAAAUAUGUUGUUUUAUUUCGUCCAUCUUGAUACAAGCUAUGUAAACAUAUAUAGCAAAUUUGACGUAAAAUAUUUUUAUAGCCAAAUAUGAUAAACGGGUUGGAAAUGGAAUGUACAAAUACAAAAGUAGAGCUUGUAGAGCACAGCUUUCCAUUAAAAACACAUUCUCAUAAAUAGAAUAAACCAAAUAAUAUAAAUUUAAGUACCUCAAAGAGACAACUUGAGCAAAAACAGUUAUAUGGAUAUUUUAAAAGAUAAAUCAGAAAAAGGAAAUAAAGAAGGCGAGAUCUUGCCUAUACACUCACAACGAAGCUCAAAACGAAUAUCAAUUGUGUGUGAGGGUGUGUGAGCGCGCACGCGUGUGUAUACAUAUUCCUAUCAAUGCCAUAUAUCAAGCAACAAAUAUGUGUGUGAAUGUAUUUUUACAUUUUUAUAUCAUUUUUCUUUUCCUAAAAUAUGUAGUAUAAUCAGUAUAAGUAGACAUAUUCUUGUGGAAUAAAUAAAUAAAUAAAAAUUUGUUUGCAUUACGACUAAGAUUACGUAAUGAAAGCAUCUGUCAUUGAGUUCAUUGUGAAGGUAAAUUGUUCAUGAAUUCUCUUAGUAACAUUUGAAUUAGGUGAAAUAGAGUAAUGAAUAAGUAAU